AUGGAAGCAAACUCGGGGGUCACAUUCUACGAAGCUCAGAUCGCUCUUGCGUGUCAAUGGGAAGGUCCCCGCUAUAAUGGCGGCGACGCUCCGAAGGAAGUGUUUAUCAAAGUCCCUCAGCCUGCGCAGGAAGGCAUGACUUUGAGCCAAACCAAGAUGAAGCUGGGGAAGGUGCCUCUACCGGCCUCAUACGACGACGCAGUGAACAUUGUACGGAGAUUCGAGAAAGGCUCAGAUGAUAUCAGAGGCGACGAAGAUGUGUCCGAUACCGCAUCGCAACACAGACUGAUGGACCGAACACGCUUGAGCGACGAGAUUUGGUAUGGUUCCGAGGCAGAGGAGCGGGAUGCGUACUAUCUCAUGAUCGUUGACGACAGACGUGUUAUUAUGGGUUCUGCGAAUUUGAAUGACAGAAGUCCAAAGGGAGAUGGCGAUUCCGAAAUCGCGCUCGUUGUCGAAGACGGUGACAUAGUGCGUGCGACGAUGGACGGGCAUCCAUACAUGGCCGCACGCUUUGCGACUACUCUGCGUCGCAAGCUCUUACGGGAGCACCUCGGCCUUAUCGAGCCUCAGAACGUCUUGCAUUCCACCGAGAAGGUCACUUCGUUCAUGCGAUGCGCGCCAGAGCCCGACGACGACGAGAUCGGGACGCGGGAAGACAAUGCCGUAGCGGAUUCCCUAGCAGACAGCACCCUAGAACUAUGGAAUCGUACAGCAAGAAUAAAUCGCGAGAUUUUCACUGAGGUCUUCCGCCCUGUGCCCACUAACCUUGUUCGUUCCUGGUCUGCGUACGAGGCAAGCAACGAUGUCUACGAGUUUUCUCGGAGCAUGUUUGACGAAAUACAGCUGCAACGUAUCAAGGAACGUCUUUCCCAGGUCAGGGGUUCAGUGGUCGAGUGCCGUCUGGAUUUCUUGAUCGAUGACAAGGAGUUUGUUGAGGAUGUUGACUAG